AUGUUGCACGCUUGGCAGCCUGCCAAGUGUUCUGUCUGUCUCGUGUCCACUCCGGAUGACUGUUUUCCUACGCUCGUUUUCGUCAGCCUCUUCUGUACGACGAUCUUUUGUAGCCCACCUACCGAUCAGAUGGGUUUGAUGAUAGCAUGACGUUUCACUUCCCCUUUUUGCAUUGCCAAGUACUACACACACACACACACUGCCACAUUUCAGUCCAAUCUCAACCUCGGUCACUUCCGUCGCUCAACCCGCGUCCUAUCGCCCUCGCUGCUCUUCUUGAAGAACUCUCAACCCAACAAUCGGUUUGUACAUUUCUUUCCAUGAAAAGCGCGUGAAAGUAAAGGAAAUCUUUAGAAAAUGUGCGCCAUGUUCACCGUCGCCCCGUCGAAGACCGUCAAGGCUAACGAAGAAGGUGCUCCGCCUCCGCCGCCUCCGUUCAUAUCUCCGCUGGAAGGUGUGACGAGCUGCUAGCAGCAUGAUCGAAACCAACAUGUUCAGAAUGCAACAAUGCUACCGUAAACGAGUGGGGAGUUUGGCCGGCCGACUACGUCGCUGAAUUUGUUCACGACUCUCCGAUCACCACUUCCGCCUCGGCUGCCGUGAGUAGAGCUGCGGGAACGGGGAGAUUUUUUAGAUUCUGACUAGGGCUCGGGGCACACAUUUGAAAUGGGGAUAACGCAUAUGGAUCAAUUAUUCUUCAUAUAUGAAACUAUCUGAAUACCUGUCACAGCCGUGAAACUUUAAGUCUUAAAACGUCUUGGACGGCCAUAAAAAUCUCAGAAAAGGCUGAAACUAAAAGUGUACCCACAUACGCGAGAGAUCAACUUACAGUGACGUAGUGAUUCAUGGGAAGUGACACCAAAAACCGAACAAACUCGCUUUCCCAUUCUUUGUCAAAACAUGGGCAAAGAAGAGACGCUAUCAAAAUGAAUAUACAUUUUUUAGGAAAUCGAGUCGAGAGUUCGCUGUGGCGACGCGCCGGUUAAUCGUCGCUCCGUCGCGCUUGUCCCCGACAGAAAGUGUGUUUUUAAGUGGGCCUACGCCACCACCGCCGCCGCUACCGUUUGCCAAUGCUCCUGCUGUCUUCUCGGAGCUGAACAGUGCGAAAUGGUGAGUGUGGGCGACACAGUUCAUGUUAUGAACUGUCCGAACAAUAACUGAUCAAUCAUUGAUGGGCACGCCUCCCUCGUGGGUAUAAUAAAAGCCGGACGAACCGAGCGAUUCGUGUCCUUUUUAGGAAUAGGGAAAGUAAAAAUGACUAGAAGGUUUGGAGUGUUGUGGAUGAGAAUGAUGAGGUGAAAAUUGAAAAUGUGAGGAAGGACAAGUGCAACAACUCCUUUUUGCAGUGUUCCUCUUCGUCCGUGCCAGCCGGAAUGUCAAUUUCGAUCGGGUCCAGCUUGCGCAUCGGUUCCGGGCAGUACUCCUAUGGUCAUGGAGACCAGCAGCACGAUCAUCACUGCGAGACCCCGUCUACUGCCCCCGUGCAGCAUUUUGUCGAGGUCUCCGCCGCCUUCGUCUAACGAGGAUCAGUCCCUCUACAACUACCACCAUCAUCAAUAUCAACAACUCAGUCAGCCAGUCUACGACCCCUCCACCCCGUCCCUUCUUACCUCCGAACAUUCCGCUUACUCCCCGGCGGGCAUCUACUCGCCAUCGUCCGCCUCCUCCUCCUCGCAGCCAUCGCACUCGCCGUUCCCAGUCGAAGAAUACCCGUUCCUCGACUCACUCAUCGCCGAAGUCCGUCAGGAGAUGAGCCUCGACGCCGUCUCAUCUCCAUCGCCCUCCACCUCUUCCGAUUUCUCUUCGGUCAGCCGCAAGUCCUCCGCCUCCAGCUCCUUCUCGUCCGUUCGCGACGUCUUCGUGACGCCCGGACAGACGCUCGUCAUCCGCGGCGACGACGGUCAAGAGUACAAAGUGAGCGAGCGACGGAAAGUGAAUCGAAGUGCAAUCUGUGAUCUUUUUCAGUUGAUCGUCGAGCGCAUCGAAGGAAACGAGGCACACGCAAAACCGUUGAAGCGAAAAAUGAGCGACGACAGUUUGCUCGCUCCGAAACGACAACGGGCUCCGCCUGUCUCGCUCGUAAAUUUGUCCGAUGAAGAGGUGAGGGAGCGACUAAAUUAUAAAAUGUAUUGAACUUGAAAUUCAAACUCCAGUGCCCAUUUCCAGAUCGCCGAUCGAAAAAAGCAACAAAACCGUGCGGCGGCCCUUCGAUACCGUCAAAAGCUGCGCGAGAACCGUGUUUUGUCGGUGAGCGCCAAACAGACGCUCACUCAACGGAACGCGUACCUCCGCGACGAAGCGGACCGUCUGAGCAGCGAGUGCGACACACUCCGCAAGCUCAUUUUCAACAAACUCGGCAAAAACGCUCCGGUCUUCUAA